UCUGACAACAAUAUGAGAUGUGUAGAGAGUCGGUGGUCUGGGACGGUUGAUUACAUUUUUUGUUUUCAUAUUUGCCGUACGUAAGCGCUAUUGUGUGGUUUUUUAAGAACCACACUGACAGUAAAAUACGAAUAAAGUCGAGUAGUGAGAAUUAGGGAAGGUCGCUCGCUGCCGAUUCUAGUUAUCGUCGGUAGGUGACGAUCAUGAUGGGAAGCGAGGAGAAACUUCGCUCCGUGUCCGGGGCGCUGCUCGUCAGACAGGCGGCCGAGGAGAAGCCAGAGAAGACGGAGGAGAAGACGGAGGAGAGAGCGCCCAAAAGGAAGGUGCUGGACGAAGACAGCUACGUCGAGAGUUUGGAAAAAAUCAUCCAGAGAGAUUUCUUCCCCGACGUGACCAAACUUCGCGCGCAGAAGGACUACUUGGAAGCUGAGGAAACCGGGGAUCUGGAGAAAAUGAGGGAGAUCGCCAUUAAAUACGGCUCUUCUUUGGUCAAGUCCACGCCGUGCAACUCUAUCCCGUAUGUGACCCCAGCUACGUUUGAAACUCCAGAGGGUCGUCCUACCUCUCCAUCUUUGUCUCUCAACAAACCCAAUCAUGGGAGCAGAGCUGCUGAAGAAGAACAUAAUGAGGGGGAACAGGAAGAGGAGAAAGAGCUCCCGGCCCUCGAUCGCUUCCUGGCAAAAAACACAAGCGAGGACCACGUCUCUUUCGAGCAGAUCAUGGAGCUUGCUAAGGAGAAGGAGAAACUGAAGCAUGCCUGGAUGUAUGAGGCAGAGCUGGAGUACAAGCAGCGGCGAGAUGAGAAUCUAGCUCUGCCGUCCGCUGAGCAGCAGGCUAUAGAGUCUGGGAAGGCUGGCAUGGAGACGUGGGAGUACAAAGCAAAAAAUGCCCUGAUGUAUUAUCCAGAGGGAGUCAAGGAUGACACGGUCUUCAAGAAACCACGGGAGGUGGUCCACAAAAAUACCCGCUUCCUGGGGGACCCUUUCAGCAAGGCGCUGAACAGAAGCCAGCUGCAACAGGCCGCUGCCCUCAAUGCACAGUUCAAGCAGGGAAAAGUCGGGCCAGACGGCAAAGAGCUCAUCCCCCAUGAGUCGCCCAAAGUGAACGGAUAUGGUUUUGAAGGAACUCCUUCACCUGCUCCUGGUGUGGCAGAGUCACCCUUGAUGACAUGGGGUGAGAUUGAAAGCACCCCCUUCCGCCUUGAGGGGUCAGACACCCCUUAUACAGAGAGGAACCUUGGCCCAUCCUUCAAGAUUCCCGAACCCGGACGGAGAGAGAGGCUGGGACUGAAAAUGGCCAACGAAGCAGCUGCCAAAAAGCGGGCAAAAAAACAAGAGGCACUGCGAAAGGUCACGGAAAACUUAGCAAGCCUCACUCCGAAGGGCCUGAGUCCUGCAUUAUCCCCAGCGCUGCAGAGGCUUGUGAACAGGACGUCCAGCAAGUACACAGACAAGGCCCUGAGGGCCAGCUACACCCCAUCACCAUCGCACAGAGCCACAGGUGGCAAGACGCCACUGGGGGGCCUGAGAACCCCGACGGGCACCCCAACACCAACCAGCGCCAGGACCCCCGUGUCCCCUGACCCCGCCUCCAUUACAGAUGACCUCCUGCAGCUUCCUAAAAGGAAGAAGGCCUCUGAUUUCUUCUGACUGCCUCCUGAGAAGUUAAAAUUAUACCGAGUGCAACCUAGAGCUGCUGUUCUGGGUUUUUAAAUAUGACUACAGUCAUCGAAAUAACUGAAUUCUGAACUCUGAGGGAAGAUGCGUUAUAAGUAUGGGAAACUUGGCUGUGCAUAAAUUUCAGAUUUUCCCAUAAUCAAGCGAGGUCCAGUGUUUUUCAGUGUUUCCACUAAAUGUAUUGUGUUUGCAGAACUGAGCACAGUUGUAAAUAAACUUAUUUCAGUUGGGCGUUGGGUAAAUGGAAAGGAUUUGUGGGCAAUUAAAAUAUUUUGUACAGU